UUUUACCCGUUCUAAUAAAGUUGAUUUUAGAUUAAAUAUUCGUGUGGCUUAAAUGUAUACUAGUUAACAAGUUGUAGUAGCAGUGACAAAACUAAUAUGAGAUGACAAAAAUGCUGUAUACUUCGACUUUCUUGUUUCUUUCUUCACAACAAUAGGGACUGGGUCAGAAUAAUAAACAAAUUAUUUCUCUGUUACAGACAUUGUUAUCCGUUUAAUGAGAAAAACCAACAGCAGAGAUGAAUUGGAUUUUAUUUUUUAUGUUGGCGUACCGUGUACAAGGAGCAAUACCAAAACCUACAGUUGAAAUUUUAAAAGGCUCCACGACGCUAGAUACAGGAUCAGUACUGCAGCUCAACUGUAGCAUCGACACAGAUGUUCGUAAUGUCACGUUUGAAUGGUUAAGAGAUGGCAGAAUCAUUUUGGGAUCAUUUCAAUCAUUGAAUAUCACAAACAUUACAAAAGAUCAUGCAGGUAUAUAUUUCUGCACUGCAGAAGAUAGUACUGGUUUCAAGCAGAGGUCAUCAAAUCAAUACAACAUAAUUGUCAAUUAUUUGGAAAAUGCAACACUAGUCAUUACACCAUCAAACAAUGUUAAUGAAGGUGACAGUGUUACUUUUCAUUGUUCUGUUAAUUCAAAUUUGAAUUCCUUGGUUUAUACAAUGAAACGAAAUAAAAGUAUUUUCAUUAAAAGCGCUUUACCUGUCCACAAUAUUACACAUAUUUUGAAAAUUUAUUCUGGAUUAUGGAUAUGCAACGUAUUAUCAAGAACAACUUCCCUUCCUCCAGUUACAAGUGAAUCUAUAUUAAUGACAGUGACAGAAUUGUUUCAAAUACCAAUCUUCCAUGUCUCAUCAAACAGUUUGAAUUCUGGUGAAUCACUGGUAUUGACAUGCAAUGUCACUACAUCUCUAUCACCCGGAAUUAUCAAAUACAGAUUUCGCAGCUUGUUAUUUUCUUCACCAUUUCAGUCAUCAGAUACAUACAACAAAACCGUACGAACCACAGACAAAAGUUUGUAUUGGUGUGAAGCAAAACACAAUUUUGUGAAGUGGUCACAAGGAAUGUUUAUUGAAGUUAAAUGGAAGGUCAAUAUUGUGAUCACACCAACAAUUGAAGGAAAUAAUAUGAGUAUCACAUGUAACGUGGAGGGUGAAGAAAUAGCAGGGCACUUUAGUUGGAAAAGAAAUGGUUUUCUCAUUAAUGGACAGACAUCUAGUACGAUUAUAGUGGCGAAUGUAAACCGUACUAUGGUUGGAACUAGUUACAGUUGCAUUGCUGGAUCAGACCCCACACGAAGUAAUGAAGCUGCUGCAAUUGUAUCAUUUAGGGAUUUUUAUUACAAGCCUGACCCUCCAAGUUUACAAAUCUUUUCAACAUCACAAACUUCGAUAAAAGUUGUGAUAAUUCCACCAACUGACACAGGAAACAAACCAAUCAUACACUACACAAUGCAUUUACAAGCUGGAAAUGAAAGUUAUACUUAUACAAACAUGACAAGCCUGAUUUACAAUAUAUGGAAUUUGGAACCAGUGAUGACAUACCAAUUGAGAGUAAAGGCCGUUAAUGUUAUUGGGGAAGGAGAAUUUAGUGAAUUUGUAAGCGUUGUAACUGGAGAAUCACCUCCAUCUGCGCCACUUCAAUUUAGCCACACUAUACUUCAUCCGCAAAAAAUCAGAUUAUCAUGGUUAAAACCUGAUCCAUCAAAUGGUGUUAUAACAAAUUACCGAAUCUGCUACGUGCAAGAUACUAACGAUGGCGUCAAGGUUAAAAAUUCAGUUAAGAAUUGCACAGAAAUUGGAAACGUCACCGCAUUUACUUUAACUGGAUUAGGGUUUUACAAUGGUUACAAUGUGUCUGUCAGCGCGAGAAAUUCCGCUGGCUAUGGUUCUAUUGCAACUCAAAAUCAACUAGUUACGCGAGAAGGCGCUCCAACUGCUCCACUCAAAUUUAGUCAUGACACUAUAUUUCAUCCACAAGAAAUCAGAUUAUCAUGGUUAAAACCUGAUCCAUCAAAUGGUGUUAUAACAAAUUACCGACUUUGCUACGUGCAAGAUACUAGCGAUGGUGUCAAGGUUAAAAAUUCAGUUACGAAUUGCACAGAAAUCGGAAACGGCAACGCAUUUACUUUAACUGGAUUAGGGUUUUACAAUGGUUACAAUGUGUCUGUCAGCGCGAGAAAUUCCGCUGGUUACGGUUCCGUUGCAAUUCUGAAUCAACUAGUUACACAAGAAGGCGCGCCUACUCCAGUGCAAGAUAUAUCAUUAAUUUCUGGAGAAACCCUCAUCAAAGUCCUAUGGAAAAAGCCAAAACAUAUAUAUGGCAAAUUACAAGGCUAUACAGUUAGGUACCACUUGUCAUCAGGAAAUGCGUCAGGUGGACUCGUGAAAUGCAGCAACGUAACGGAAUUGACAUGUUUGAUCGACAAUUUAUUACCAAAUAAAGAAUACGUAGUCAUUGUCACUGCUAUGAAUUCGCUAUUUUCUACAAACUCGAUAAGGAGCACCAGAACACGCAGUGCAGCUCCAACUGCUCCACUCAAAUUUGGUCUUGACACUAUAUUUCAUCCACAAGAAAUCGAAUUAUCAUGGUUAAAACCUGAUCCAUCAAAUGGUGUUAUAACAAAUUACCGAAUCUGCUACGUGCAAGAUACUAACGAUGGCGUCAAGGUUAAAAAUUCAGUUACGAAUUGCACAGAAAUUGGAAACGUCACCGCAUUUACUUUAACUGGAUUAGGAUUUUACAAUGGUUACAAUGUGUCUGUCAGCGCGAGAAAUUCCGCUGGUUACGGUUCUGUUGCAAUUCUGAAUCAACUAGUUACACAAGAAGGCGCGCCUACUCCAGUGCAAGAUAUAUCAUUAAUUUCUGGAGAAACCCUCAUCAAAGUCCUAUGGAAAAAGCCAAAACAUAUAUAUGGCAAAUUACAAGGCUAUACAGUCACGUUCCGCUUGUCAUCAGGGAAUGCGUCAAGUGGACUCAUGAAAUGCAUCAAGGUAACAGAAUUGACAUGUUUGAUCGAUAAUUUAUUACCAAAUAAAGAAUAUGUAGUCAUUGUUACUGCUAUGAAUUCGCUAUUUUCUACAAACUCGACAAGGAGAACCAGAACACGCAGUGCAGUUCAGACGAAUUACAAGAACAUUUUCGUGAUCCCUGGAAACUCUGUUACAUUGAAAUGGUCUAUUGCUUCUGACUAUUCAAUUGAAAUAUUAAGUUGUACAAAAGGUGUAAGGAAAAUUGCAGACGGUAAAAAGGGCCUGAUCGCAGUUCAUAACAACUUGAACGACAAUCGAUACACUGCCUCUGCUGAUGGGAAAACAUAUCAAGUUUCGAUACAAGACCUGACCGCAUCAGAUAGCGGGGUAUACAAAUGUCGCUUUAUAUUAAAGAAAAGUAACGUAGUGCGUGAAGUAAUGGAUAAAAUACAAGUUACAGUUGACGAUUUCGUUGAUGGAUAUCAAGUACUUGGUAGUCAAACUUUAUUGAUUGGCAUGACGAUAUACGAGUUGACAGCAAAUAUUAGCGGUGUGAUGAUAAAGAUUGAAGACAUUAAUAAGAGUUUACUUCUACACACAUUCAUAAUUGAAUUUAAAAAUUAUCUUGAAGUAAUAUUUCUGUCUGUGUUUUAUGCGAAUGUAUCGGUGAAGAUAAUUCAACCGCUAAAAACUACGAAAGUGAAUUUUACACUUUCGUACCAAAGGAGCUUAUUAAUUAGUGGUGAUGAAAUAAAAGCUGCGUUUCGGACGUCUGUUGGCAAAUAUAACAACGAAAUAUCUUUCCCUCAAAACAUAUUUUAUGCCAAAAUACAGGCCGACUCCGCUACAUUUAAGGAAACAAACAUUUGUUCACAACGCGAGCUCAAAAAAUGUAGCGAGAAUGCUGAUUGUAAAAACAUACCGAAGUGGUAUUCACACGCUUGCAAAUGUAAAGAAGGUUUUAAAGGAAAUGGUAGCACUUGCUCGAAGAAAACACCUGCUCAAGGGUUGUCUAAAGGAGUAAUCAUUGGUAGCACUGCUGGAGGACUGGCUUUCAUGAUUCUUAUUGUCGCUAUUUGUUACGUGGUGUGUAAACGCUCUAAGAAAAUCAAAGAAAAACGCCAAGAAAAAGAAACUGUUGAAAAUGAACCAUAUUAUUCUGACAUAAAUGACACACCGGUUAUAGCCGAUCAAGAAUAUGUUGAAAUGAAAUCAAAUUAUACAGAAGUGAAACCUACGCUUGAAUCAUGCUACACUACGUUAUCAAGAACAUAGUCAUUUUGGUCUUUGCGAUUGCUUAGUAGGACAGCAUUUACCGCAGUACAAUUAUUUGCGUUAACAUUCUUCUAGCACAGUGUAAUUUAAAUUCAAAAUUCCGUUUUUGUUGUAUUCUAAUAAAUUUUUGUAUAUGUUUUCAUUGGCAGCGCCACAUCAAAAAGUUAAAAUUUUACCGUUCUCUUUCAAAUAUUAUGUUGCACUGAUACAUUCUGGUCGUUCACCGUCCAAAGCAAACACAUAUAUAUAAAAUAUUAUUAAUUGUUGGAAAUUAUUUUAUAGAGAUUAAAUGUUGUAGAUUUGGCAAAAUUCUGAUGCACAAAAUUAAAUAAAAUUUUUUAGGAUAUUGAACUCUCAUAAAUUACAAAAAAGUAAAGUGUUUCUUUAAUAGCUAAUACCUGUAAUUUGCGCAUAAUAAAUACGCAUUGUAUUUGUAAUGUGUUUAGAUUGGAUGUUCAUUAUUUCAAUUACUUUUAUGGUGUAAAACAAUAAAACCUGUUAGAAUCAAAGACUUAUAUGUUUAAAGUACGUCUACGCUAGUCAAAAAUACUUUUGCUAUUUGCUCAAAUGAUUUAAACGUAUUAUUUUCAUAUACAAUUUCUUUGGUCAAAGAUUUAUACCAUAAUAGACGUCGGGAACUUUGCUUUGCUGGAACUUUGGUUUUAUUGUACUUUAAAUUUUUUAAAUUGUAUUUUCAAUGUAUUUUAGUGUUUUAGAUCGUAAAGUAUUAUAAAUUGUUCCUGACAACAAAGUUUGAUUAGGGUAAAACUUCUUGUUAUUUCUAAACCACGAUUCGCCAUAAACAAAACUACGUACUCCACUUCAUUUUUAAAAACACUAAACAGUGUGAUCAGACAAGAAGUUUUAAAAGUGUUAAAAUACCGUCACCAUAGAAACGUACCAAUUGAUCAGUAUUGGUAUGUCUUACUUUCAAAUCUUGUAGCUGUCGGCCAAAUUUAAUCAGUCUAAAUACCAGCAAUAAAUAAGGAUUAUUGUGCUGAUGCUUCCUCUUAAAAAUCUGAGUUUGUAGACAGAAUCU